GAUUUUUAGGACAUUUUCUCUUUAAAUGUUGGCUAACCAAGUACGUAAAACUGUGUGUAUAAUGAACCCUAGAAACUCAACUCUCUGCUAAAUCCUCGCACUACGAUCUUCAGCUUCAACUUCAGGAGUCCAUAUUCACUCCAUACCCACUAAUUAUUAUCAAAUGCGAUUAUGAGACAGUGUGAAUGGUUUGUCAGCAUUUGGGAUCUCCUACAAAGGGAAGAGACACCCCCUCCCCCCGUCUCCCGACAAGGUUAAUACCUAAACUUUAAAAGAGUUAUAGUAAGCUGUUGAACAUUUUCUUUUGAUACCUCUUUUGGAAACCAGUUCUCGUUGGUAAUUAUUAUUCAUGAGAGUUGUGACAAGCGCGCCUUGAAACAGGCGCUCUGCUUGUGGCCUUGAAACACAAAGCACGCCUAAGCGCGAAGCGAUAGAAAAGCACGCUUUAGUAAAGUUAAGUGCACAAUGAUAUAAUUAACAUUAUUGGGCCAAUUUUAAGGCCCAAAAGUACUAACCCAAACCAGAAAUAAGAUUUAUACGCCCAAGUAAAAUGGCUAUUUUGAAGAUCUGGGAUCAGAUUCAGAAGAUUUAGAGGAGAUUGAAAUUCUGCAAAAGAGUGUCAAAAAGACAUCUGAUACCCGAACUUCUAGACAGCAAAUGAAGGGGACACUUGAUUUGUUGUUGAGGCCUCAUUCUGAAAAUUGGUGCAAAAGCUUAAGGGACAGACAGGAUUGGAUGAUAACGACAUUGUUAGGAAAGGAUUAAGGGCCAGAGCUUGUACAGCUUUUGCAAGAUGGAUGUAUGACGCUGGUAUUCCAUUAAUGCAGUGAAUUAUGAUAGUUUUAAGGGUUAAAUAUCAAGUAAGUGACUGACUGCGUCCAAAAAACUCAAGUAGGUCACCCAUUGCAAAUUUGACUCAAACUGAUCAUCAAUUAACUUAAUUUGAUCAUUCCGUUAAAGUCAAAAAUUAAAAUUACCCAAAAUUGAAAAAUGAUAACAUAGGAGGGUAGACCUCGUUUUGUUAAUACGGUAAUAGAGGCUAUCGGGCAAUAUGGUUUAGGAAUGAAGCCACCAACUUACCACAAGGGGAGAGCUAGAAGUUGGAAGCCUCUACCACUAAUAAGUUGGAAGCUGGAUGCUGGAAACCUGGAAUUCAGCCUAUAAAACUUAAAUUUUAAAUUUAGGAUUUUUCCCUCUCCAGAAUCAUGAUUUAAUAUAUUAUGAAGUGCAGAUUACGUUAUUUUUUCCGUACAAGUGUGAUUAUAUAUAUCAGUAAGUUUAACUUAUGUUAUAAACCUAUGUAAAUUUAUAAGAACCUUAUAAUAUUACUUUUUUAAAAUAAUUAAAAUGUGCGCCUAGCUUCAAAGAAGCAAGCGCCUUGCUUUUUCAGGGAGUUUUGCGGCUCGGUGUGCAAAACGCUUUGGAUAACACUUAAUCAUGACAUUUAUACCAACGCAUUUGUCACUUUUGACAGAUAGGCAGGCCAUCUUGAAUUUGCUUACAAGUAAAUUAAGAACAGCUGUUCAUCAUCAACUACCAAUAUGAUGAUGGUAUUUGUUUUGAUGGAAUUGCUUCACAUGUUUCUUCUUCAUUCUAAUGCUUUAGAGAUGUUGAAUGUUGGUGUUCAUUUUGGAGAACUUCUUUCUGGAUGAGAAUUAACGACUAAAGAAAGGCUUCAAUAUAUGUUAUGUAAUAACUAUUUUUUCUCAAUCUUCUUUCGAACCAAUUACUUAACUGAAUGUAUCUUCAUUAAUCAAACUAAUUACUUAACUUAAUGUAUCUUCAUUAGUCGGCAGUCCACUUGUAUAGGAAAAGGAUCUAAACGUUGUAAUAUCGACAUGAAAAGACUUAUAGUUUUUCCAGAAAUCUUGAAUACUGAAAAGAAGUAUAGAGACAUCUAGAUUGAUAGUUUAACACUUCAAUUGCAACAUCAUUAAGAGAUACUCCCUCCGUCCCAACCAUUUGUAUACAUUGGUUGGGAGUUGGGACACGGAGACCAGGAAAAAGUGUAAAAAAAUGAGUAAAGUUAGAUGGAAAGUAGGUAUAGUGGUGUGACCCAUUUAUAUUUAAUAAUAGAUUUGAGAUAUUGGAGGAAAGUAGUGGGUGUAAUAGUGUUUAUAUUAUUAUAGAAUGGAGAUAGUGGAAGAAAGUAGUUGAUGUAAUGGUGUUUUAUAUUAUAAAAGUUUACUACUUUUGGAAUGUAUACAAUUGGUGGGACGUCUAAAAAGGAAACUGUAUACAAAUGAACGGGACGGAGGGAGUAUGAUUCAUAGUAUAUAAUUGCUUAUUUGUAAUGUGUCGACUUCUACAACACAGAGCAAAGUCAGGUAAAGCUCAUUUGACCCACUUGCAGGAGUACGACUUCCCCAAGUAAAUUGGUUCCUGAUAAUCUGGCCGUCAAGUUUAUUACAAAUUGAUAGCAUGCUAGCAAAUGUUCUGUGAGUUUAUUGUUUUGAGUUCCUCAUGACUUUGUUUUUUUUAUCAACUAUAAGAAUUUAUAAUUUGUUCUUUGUUUUUCAUGUUAAAGCACGUGCAGGGCUGCAGCUUAAAUGCAGCACAGAGGCCAUAGCAUAGUGUUUAUAUGACACAUUUUGUCUAGAAGAUGCGAAUAUAUAAAAUCAUGGGCAUACAUUAUACAUGAAGUCAUGAGUUUUAGCAAUAAUCUAAACGUGCCGACUCUGAAGACAUUAUAGUAACAGGCAACUAAAAAAUUGAAUGUGCUAUUUUAUUUCUUCCGCAUUUCGUUUUUUUUUGUUUACGUGUGUGUGUCUAUGAAUUAGAUGACCUUGAAUAUGACUUUUACAUUCUUGUUGUAACAAUGUUGAAGACCAAAAUUACUUGCCAGGAAACAAAAUUAAGAUGUUUAUCUCACUCUAAACCGUAGGGGCACGCCUUAUCAGGCAGAUCUUUGCCAGUCAUUCAAGAAAAUGCUAAAGCUGGAUGACAUGCCUUCUUCUAAGGCAUAUUAGCUAGUAACGACUGUUAGACUUACAAAAUAUCUACUCGGUUGAACUACAAAGCCAUAUUUGAUAUUUGAACAGGCUACUGGGAAUCCAGCUUGAGAUCAGAUAUGGGAUAAACAUGCUAUAACUAAAUUUCUUGCAUCAGCUGAUCUCUGGCUACUUUAUACAGAGUACCUGGACAGAACCUUAAGCAAGGCUUUGGAAAUAUAUUUAUCACAGAGCUACAUGGAACUCUUCGUGCGUUGGAGAAUCAUGGGUGCGAUACUUGCAUAUCCUAGAGUGUCUGGAAGAAAAUUUAUCUGCAUGCUUCAGAAGAAGAUAUGUCUGUGGAUACUUUUUGGUGGCAGUCGUCCUGCAUAGAUAAACGAAGGCGCGGGGCAAUACAUCGCACAUCAUGAAUCAUAAACAGAACACUGAAAAGGAGAAGAAGAUAAUCGAGUAUGAACAACGCAAUUUGGUAAAUGAACAUCAGUAUUCCAUUCUUGAGCUUCCUACAAUUCUGAUAUAUUUGAUCAUCUCAAAGCUUCCUCUAAUGACAAUAUUUAGCUGCAAAUGCGUAUGCAAAGCCUUCCAAAAACUCGUAGAAGAUCCUUAUUUCGCAGAAACACACCUUAAUGAGGCACCUGUUACCAGUACCACAGUAAUCGUCAAAGAAAAUCUUUUCUAUUUUCCAUAUUUCCGUCCUUACAUUCUAGAACUUGAUGACAUCCCUAAAAACUCCUCCUGCAGCAGUGAUCACCAAUUCUCUAAUCAGUAUACCAUAUCUAGGCGGAGUCAUGGAGUAGCCCCAAUAGAUGUCAAAUGCUGGUUUCUUACACGUAAUACAGCUUUGAUUGGUUCAUGUAAUGGACUGCUCUGUCUAUAUACUCUUUCAGUAAGGAAACCUACAUAUUGUGUUUGCAAUCCUGUUACUGGUGAAUGUAUGACUCUCCCUCAUCCAGCUUCCUGCUCUACAGACUAUUACCUUAACUAUUCAGGAUUUGGUUUCUGCCUAAAGACUGAGCAGUACAAGGUUAUCCGGUUUAUGCGCUCGGCACCACCUUUGAGAACAGUAGCUUUGGUGCACACACUGGGCACAAGGUCAUGGAGAAAUAUUGGCGAAGCCCCACAGCCUAUGUCACGUGGAUCUUUUAAUUGUGUAGUGGAUGGAAAACUUCACUUCAUCACUGCUAGUAAUGAGAUUUCCGAGACGGUAUAUUCGUUUGACCUAGAAACUGAGAAGUUUGAACCUGUACCAAUGCCUUCUCACUUCAGUCCAGAAUAUGUUAGUAAGAUCUCUUGGAUCAGUGUUGGAGUUAUAAGUGGGUCCCUAUGUCUAUGCUAUAUGUUCAGUGAUGCUUACUUCGUGGUUUUGGCAAUGCAAGAAUAUGGCAUUCGCGAAUCUUGGAUUAAAAAGUUUGCAAUUGACAUCAAGUUUCAUUGUGGGUGGCGAGCGGUGGACUUUCAGAGACCGAUCAAAUUUUUAAAUAAUGGAGAACUUUUGUUCCUAUCUGUGUCCAAUUCUCUCGUGUCUUAUAAUCCUCGAAAUAGGGCUUUCAGUGAUAUUAAGAGUUUGGGAUAUGGGAGGGCUGAAGCUAUUGCUCAUGUUCCUAGCUUCGUGUCCCUCAAAACUCUUGUUUUUAAAGGAGGUAUAGAUCAAGAAAACAUCAAGCUGGAACACCAAAUGCUAGGGCAGAAUAUAUCGUAGAUUCCAGUUUUGGGUACAUUUAGGCUGCUGAGCUUGGGAAGGGUGUAGAUCAUAAGAUGAAGAAUGAAAGGCUAAGGCUGCGUAAAAUGAAUCAGAUUUGUUCGGUAGGCUAGUUAUAGCUUGUAAGUAUCCGUCAGAAGCGGCUUUCGUAUGCUGUGUGGCAGAUGUAAUUUCUGUGUUUCACAUGAAUAUUCAGAAGUUGCACGAGCUCUUCCUUUUUAGGCUUCUGUUCCUGUAAGAUAUUGUGGUCUAAACAUGUAUAAACUAAGAAUAUUUCCGGCAAUGUGCUACAAGGUCAAUUAACAUGUCUAUUUUAUCAUGGGGACAUCAAAGAUAUGCUAUUUAAAUUAGAAUUGUACUUGGAUAAUUGGAUUGCCAUAUUUUGUGUUCUAAUGACUUGAAUUUUAUGUUUUGGGUUUUUCUAA